AUGGCCCCUCUCACAUCCAUUCGCACAAAUGAAGGGAAGCUAGAGAUCGUCAACCAACUGCUUUUGCCUCACACCACCGAGUUUCUUGAAAUCAAAACCAUCGAUGACGCCUUCGACGCGAUCAAGUCCAUGAAGAUCCGCGGCGCGCCCGCCAUCGCGUCGCUCGCCGCCCUUGCGGUCGCGGACCACCUCACCAAGGCCCUCGCCAGCGACCCCGCGCCAGAAUGGCUCGCCUCGGCGGACGCGCUCACGCAGCACAUGAACGCCGCGCUCGCGCGCCUGUACACCGCGCGCCUGACCGCGGUCAACCUCGGCGUCGCGACGCGCAGGCUCACCGCUGUGCUCACGACAUCCGCCGCCGCCGCGAGCGGGGACCCCCGCGCGCUUGCCGCGGCGCUCGUCGAGGAGGCGAAAGCUGUCGACGCGGAGGACGUGGGCCGGAACAAGGCGAUGAGCAAGUGGGGCGGGGAGUGGCUGGUUGAGCAGGUUCGCGCGAAGGGAGGGAGCGGGGACGCGCUCAACGUGAUGACCGUGUGCAACACCGGGUCGCUCGCCACUUCGGGCUAUGGAACCGCGUUAGGGUUAAUCACAUACUUGCACGAGACGGGCAAGCUGCAGCGGGCAUUCUACACGCAGUCGACGCCGUACCACCAGGGCUCGCGGCUGACCGCGUUUGAGCUCCUGUCUCUGAACAUUCCGGCGACGAUGCUGUGCGACAGCAUGGUGGGCUCGUUGUUUCAGCACCACGAUAUCCAUGGAAUCGCUGUCGGUGCGGACCGUGUGGCGCGAAACGGUGAUACGGCGAACAAGGUCGGGACGUACAACGCUGCAGUGCUGGCAGCGCGUCAUGGGAUCCCGUUCAUCGUCGUUGCGCCCGUGAGCACGAUCGAUUUGGAGGUGGCGGAUGGCAACGGGAUACCCAUUGAGCAGCGCCCUGCGCUCGAGGCGUGUCUCGUCCGGGGCGCGCUCUACCCCCCGCCGAGCACGCAAGGCACGAAGAUGCAGGCGACGGUCAUGGUCACACCCGAGGGCUUGGACGGGGUGUACAACCCCGCGUUCGACGUCACGCCCGCCAGCCUGAUCACGGCAAUAGUGACAGAAAAAGGCGUGGCGACUCGUGACGAGUCCGGCAGGUUUGAUCUCUCGCAGGUGGUAUGA